UAGAGUCAGACUAAUGACUGAGAAAGCUAGACUUUACUCGAGAAUCCAGAGACAGCGAUUUGUACGAGAGCCAUGUCGUGAUCGUUUCUGGACCAGUAGGUCGUGUCGUGUCAACUCCUCCUCACGGCGACACUAGAGAACGAAAACGAUUUGUCGCUGUCGAUGUCGUCGUCGUCACAGUAGUGGUGGUUGUGGUUGUUGAAGAAGCUCCGUCCGGUUUCUUUUAUAUUUCAUUGCUUGUGACUAUAUCUGGCACCGAGGCGACAAAGCCCCCUGUGUCACGCCGUGGUGGCAGCGGCUAGUGACGACGGCGGCAGGGGGGAUUUUGUUCAGGGGGACGAAGAGGGAGCCAGCACUACUGCAGUGUCUCUGGAUUCUGGUCCCGACUCGCUUCCACUUCGAUUAGGGAGACUUCGAUUAGGGAGGAAACUAGGGGAAUAACAAAAACAUCCCUUCUGACGAUCAUUGCUGUUCACGCUGGCAACACCCGACGUAGGUGUACGUUUUACGUUUGCAUGCGUGCUAGUGCGCGUAUGUGUUCUGUGGUGUUUGUCUUCGGACUCGUGCCAUCAUGGGUUGUGUUUGCUCCUCGCGUCGCACCUAUGACAUUCCACCGUACGUGCGCUUCUACGGACAGGCCCGAAAGUCCAUAGAUGGAGCACGUAUUUCCAGAUUGUGUGAGGACAACAAACUGCUCACACACUACUUUGAGGGCGUUAAUACUGUCCAUGACUGCUUCCAGAGAGGUGUUCAACUGGCAGGCGAUAAGCCAUUCCUUGGGUGGAAGCCAACACCAGAUACACCUUUUAAAUGGAUGACAUACAAUGAGGUAAAUGCCAGAGCAAAGGCGUUUGGAGAUGGUCUGAUCAAGUUGGGUCUACCUGCCGAGAACGACACUCGUGUUGGCAUCUACUCACAGAACAGGCCAGAGUACGUCAUUGCUGACCAAGGCUUCUUGUAUCAUUCUAUGACUCCAGUCCCUCUAUAUGAUACUCUGGGAGUUGAAGCCUGCAACUUCAUCGUCAAUCAAGCGGACCUUCAUGUGAUUGUUUGUGACAACAAUGCAAAGGUUAAGAGUCUUCUUGAUAGGCGGAGAGAGAUGCCAGAUGUUUCUAUGAUGAUACUCUUUGAGCCUGUCACAGAGGAGAACAAAGCAAAAGCUGAAGCAGAAGGAAUCCAGAUCCUGCACCUUGACGAAGUUGAGAAACUUGGCAGAGAAAACCCUGUGGAAUCUCACCCUCCUAAGCCAGAUGACUUGUGCAUGGUCUGCUACACCAGUGGAACCACAGGGACUCCCAAGGGAGCCAUGAUUACUCACAGAAAUAUGGCAGUUUGUGUGUCCGCAGCUUUGAAAGUGCUGGAAAGCUGCGGUGUGGAAAUCACAAAUGAGGAUGUGCUCAUCUCCUACCUACCAUUGGCUCAUUCAUAUGAGAGAGCUCUGGAGAGUUGUCUUGUUACUGUGGGAGCCAAAAUUGGAUUCUUCCAAGGAGAUGUGAGGAAACUCAUGGAUGAUAUUAAGGAACUGCAGCCAACCCUAUUCCCAUCAGUGCCGAGGUUGCUGAACAGGUUUUAUGACAAGGUCAUGUCUGGAGUAAACGCCAGCAAAGUGAAGAAGUUCUUAUUUAACAUGGCUUUGAACAGCAAGAGCAAAGAAUUAAAACGGGGAGUGAUUCGCAACAACAGUAUUUGGGACAAGAUUGUGUUCCGCACAGUACAGGCGGCGUUGGGGGGACGAGUGCGAGUCAUCACCACUGGCUCUGCCCCCAUUUCUAGCACAGUCCUCAGUUUCUUGAGGUGCAUUGUUGGAUGUCCUCUUCUUGAAGGAUAUGGACAGACGGAGAAUACAGGGAUAGCUACGGUUACAGUCGUCGGAGAUUCUGAACCAGGGCAUGUUGGUCCCCCCCUUCCAAGUCUGAUGGUAAAGCUGGAAGAUGUGCCUGAGAUGGACUACUAUUCCAAUAAUAACAAAGGCGAGGUGUGCUUGAAAGGUGGAAAUGUGUUUGUGGGAUACCUGAAGGACCAAGCCAAGACAGAUGAGGCACUUGACAAGGAUGGCUGGCUGCACACGGGAGACAUUGGCGAAUGGAUGCCUAGCGGCACGUUGAAGAUCAUUGACAGAAAGAAGAAUAUCUUCAAAUUAGCUCAGGGUGAAUAUAUUGCUCCAGAGAAGAUUGAGAAUAUCCUUGCCCAGUCACCAUAUCUGGCUCAGGUUUACGUCCAUGGGGACAGCUUGCAGGCAUGUCUGGUAAGCAUUGUGAUACCUGACCCAGAGACGUUGCCAGGCCUGGCCAGCAAGCUUGGAGUGACUGGCAGUAUGGAAGAAUUGUGCAAGAAUGAGGAGGUGAAAAAGGCCAUCUUUAAAGAUCUGAUAGAUUUGUCCAAGAAGAAUGGCUUGUCUUCGCUUGAGCAGGUCAAGGAUAUCUACGUUCAUCCUGAGUUGUUCUCAGUGGAGAAUGGCAUGCUCACCCCAACUUUCAAAUUGAAACGUUCUGAUGCACACAAGAAUUUUACCAAGGAAAUUGCUGACAUGUACGAAAAACUGAACGCGGCAGCAAGUGCAAAGUCUUGAGCUUAUAUCUGCAUGAAUUGUUUCUUAUUUUUUGUCGGGAGGGGAAGAGGUAAACACUUGUUUUAUCGUGAACACUGUAUUGUGUGAAGGACAUGGUAGACGAGAAUCCCUGCGAAAAGAAUUUCUACAAGCUCUCGACCUGAUGUAAUAGAAUUAACAACAGCAGACGUGUUGUUGGAAGACCAAUGUGUGGAGGAAGGUUAUAACUGUACUCACGUACUCACGAUAAAUGCUAGUUACCAAUUGUCCAAUAUCAAAUGCAGGGAACAUGUCUUGAUUCCAGUGUUGUCAACACAGAUAAAUGUAUUUAUUAAUCGAUGAUUCUACGUGUGGGUGUGAUGUGAGUGUGAAUUUGAAUUUUUAGUUUCUUAUUCAAAAGUUUGUUGUGCCGGCUCAAGUUGCUACAACCAGAGGACAUGUUGAUAUGUGUAACCUUUUAUUAUUCAAUCUUUGUUUUGCCUUUGAUUUUGUCUGUCUCUCGUGUCUACAUUGAGUGAAGAUUAGAAUACUCCACUCUUCUCUCCUUUCUGAAAUUCAAAGAAAUGAAGUACUGCUCUCUUGGCCCAGUUCACUUUGUGUGCCAGAUAAUAUUCUGCAACGUCUGACUUGGACUUGAGUAUGCGCACUGAAAUGGACACUGGAUCCUCAAUUAUCACUUUAUAGAACAGCUCUUGUGUUGCCAAAUGAAUUCAGGUCCAUAUAUUUUGAGAUUUCAGACUUUACUCAGUCUAUAAACUAUGUGCUUGUCUUAUUGUUGUUUUUGGUAUAAUUUAUGUAAACAUAUCUUUACUGUUUUCUUAUUAUUGUUUUCCAGUAUGUGUCUGAAAUGUAUUUAAUGCUGGUGGAUUUCUGUUUUUAUUUACAAUUUCAAUGUUAUUGACAAGUGUAUUGUGAGAGCCUGUAAUAUUCCAACUAAUCAGAGACGCACCACCACUUGUACUCUUAUGAUCAGGAUCAUUCUACAGGAUUUGUGUCCUUGACAUAAUAUAACUCAAUGCUGUGUGUUGUAUUUAUGGGCCCGGCACAAUCCUAUCAUGUACCGUAGUUUUUCAAACGUCAUACGAUGUGAAUAGUUCUAUACAUAAGCAGUGUGAGUUUAAAGGCGUGGUCUUGAAUGUUCAAGCUGACCUCUAAACAUCAGAUAUAUAUAAUUUGAUUGUGGCUAACAUACCUUUCUCACCUGUAAACCACCUAGUUAAUUUAUAUCUAACAGUAGGAUAAUAUAGCAAUGAGGUUUAUUUCUUAUUUAUUAGGGAGGUUUUAGGCAAUUGUCAAGCUUUUUCAAGCAGAGCAAAUAUGCUAUAAACCUUGCUUUUUAUGUGGACAAGUUUUUAUCAUAUCCACCUCGUCUGACACAGUAAAUGAUUACAAAUUGUAUUUCCUCUCUGGAUUACACAUGCUCACUUCUUUUGGUUUUUUUUUACAAAUUUUAUGUUACGUUAACUUCUGUUAAUUAGAGUACAUUGUUAUUGUCUUUGUCUUGUGAUUGAUGUUUAGAGUUUGCCAGUGCCAAGAUGAAAAAAGUUUUUGUCGUGCGUGUGAUAAAUGUGGUUAGGCAUUGCCUCUUGGCAGGUUGUGAAGAUGAAAGCAUAGAAAAAACUGUGCACUUGUGUCACACAGGAAAACAUGCAUGUAUAUAUUAUAGAGCAAGCCCUUUAGUGUGGUUAAGUCCUCACUGCAUCCAGUGGAAUGUCGAUAGAUCAAUCAAAAUGGUUGAAUGUGUGUCACCAUUAUCAUGAUAAAGAGCAUAUUGUGUUACUGUAAAAGGUGUUUGGUUGGUUAUUGUUUUGGGUUUUUUUCCAGAAAAUUGUUUUGCCGCUUAUGGGGAAAUUGAGACUCUGCUGGCUCGAUUAAACCCAUUUUCUCUCAAGGCCCUCCUUGUGAACAAAGCUGCCUUUUAACUGCUAGUUGUUGGAGUUCAUUUUUUUUUCUCUAGUGUGAAAAAACAUCACUCUUGGUAAUAGGUGAAAGUAAUUUUGAAGAAAAUUUGCUACUCUGCUCAAUAUUAAUCCCCUGUGGGUUUGGGUUUUUUUUACUGUCGUGACACUUUAUUUACCAUCUGACUUGGUAAAAGUAAUGGUUUGACCUCUGAAAUGCUGGUGGUUAAACCUUUACUUUUAGUCCCCUUUGCUAGAGGAAGAUGAAGAGACCUGUACUUUCCUCAUUAACUGCAUCAUAUCCUGUUGAAGUUUUAUAGUUUUGUUUGUUUAAAUGAUUUUGUUGAUAUAGGAACCUUUUUUUUUGUUUGGCACUACAUUUAAAUGGUUACUUUGUACUUCAAAAAAUGAGUGUGGGAUUUUUUUGAUUUUUUUUUUCUGUGAAAUUUACAACAGCCUUAAUACUUGAUAUUCCAGAUAGUAUUUUCCCAGGGGUUUCGUAGGGUAUCCCUUUUUUAUUGGGGCCAAGUUUGCAGCAGUUUUCAGUCUACUUUAGUUGGGUGCUUUUUUCAUCACCUUUAAAGAUGAAGUUAAUAUUAAAGUUCUAUCUUUCUUUUAUACACUUAAUAACCCUGUCUGCUCAGUCGAUUUCUGACUCAGUCGGUUCCCUCCCCCUCAAGCCUUCAGAUUCAUGGUUUAGAUGUUCUCUGUUUCGUGUUUUCCUUUUUACUUUUGGUUGUAAUUUCCUAAGAAAUGUUUUGAAAGUGAAAAUGAUUGUUGCGCUUGGAGUUAAGAAAUGGUAGAAAGUUUUGGUAUGGCAUGAAGUACCAAGUGGAUAUUAUGUGAAACUAAAUGUCUACAACAUUUUAUGUGGACAUCAUUCCAUGAGUGUUAUGGCAUUGCCCUUGGGGGUUGCUGGGGUUUUUUUUCUCGUUUCGGAUAAGAAUCCUGGUUUUGUACUAAGCUUAUGCAAAGAUGGAAAAAUGGACUUGUCAUUUAUCAUGUUUCUCAUUUCAUCACAACGCCUUCCACUCUUGAGCCUGUUGGUUGGGGAAGAAAAACCUGGCACUUUGUCAAGUGUGAGAAUUAUUACUUUGAGGAGAUGUGUUGUUUCACGCUAAUGACGGAUGUUUCAAAAUAUGGAAAAAGUGAACUGGUCUGGCGUCAGUGUGGAGCCCUGGACAGCCAUGUAGAAGCUGUGCAGAGGGUGGUUGUAUUAGGUGAAAGUUUUAGGGGAGAGGGGGGGACAAAUAUAACUGGCUAAAAUCAUGAUUGUUUCAUCUCGGGAUUUGAUGGAGGAAGUUUCUGACACUGGACUUCAGUGGCAAAUUUCAGCUUUGUUGAGUACGAGGUGAACACCUUAGUGUUGAAACAGUGCACAGCAAUUUCUAUUCUGAAAAUAAAAUUUAAUGAAAUUCUAUAA